GAACAUGCUGGCUGGGAAAUUCUGGGAGUUAAAGUCCAUUCAACUUGAAGUUGCCAAGUUUGAAAAACACCGAUUUACCAGAAUGCAAACUUGUGAGUCCCUGCUCGUCUCUCAAGGUCCUCAACAUACUCUCAGACCUCAACUUAGCUGCCUUUUUUUCUGGUCAGGAGGCCUACUUCCAAAUAAAUCCCACCGCUUUUGUCUUGAGAAAGCCAACAGGACCUACAUAAUAAUAAUGGGACGUAGAGGCCAUUUGUUUAUAUAAAGAUGAUGGAAGAUGGCUGGCAAUUUGCGUUGGAGAUGUCUUCCCCCCUCUCAAUUGUUUAAAAGUUACAUGGAGGAGGGAGUAUAGCAGGCAACAAUGAAGUGUCUGUGAUACCAGCACACUGGUGCCUAUGGAGAGACACUAUAUAAUCUAUUGCUCCUCUAGGGGAGCCAAAAGGCUUAGAUUGAUGCUUAACCUAACUAUAACUUCAAAUAGAUAAUUAAACACAAGGCAGAAAUGUUUCUUACUUAUCCUUUUUCACUGGGCACACACCAAUUUUGUAGAACAGCACACCAUUUGUAUACAUCUGUUGUAAGUCCAGGUGGUCCUCUUCAUCAUGCUGUUCUAAUUCCAGGGUGGAAUUCUGGGAUUAUAGUGUUGGCAUCACCAUGGCCAGUUCCAGAGUUCCAAAUAUAAACAUAAUUCUUCUAUGGCAAGAUGAAACUGAAGCCGAAUAGCUUCUUUCAUUUUCUGUGCUUAGAUAAAAUAUACUGCUUAUUGUCUGUCAGAAAUGCCAGAGCUCUGACAGCUUACUUUCAUCUACUUGAUGUUCAUAUGAAGAAUGCUUUGAAUAAUCUGCAGUUUUACCACUUCCUUCACUAUGUGACUAAUCUGUCCUCAGUUCAGAUCAUGCUGGUCUUUGAUUUACUGGACUGGGAUGGCAAAGGGGAGAUCGGCUUUGAUGAAUUCUACAUGUUGGUGUGCAUCAUAAUGGCACACGAGAACCAUCUUGAAAAACAGUUCAUGUAUCGUCAUUCUCAUGCUGUUUUUGAGUUGCUGGACAUGGAUGGGGGCCAUACAGUUGCUCCAGCAGAGUUCCAGGCCACACGCUUCCUUUUCAAUAUUAGGAAGACUGAGCUGAGUCAGAUAUUCAAAGACUUUGACAUCUCUGGUGAUGAGCAAUUGAACUACAAGGAGUUCAAGAUGUUUACGAUCUUCUGCAUUGAUAGACAACAGAGGAAGGCAAAAGAGAAACUGAGGAGACAGCUGGCCAAAGCUGCAGCUGAAGCUAAAGCAGAAGAAGAGUAUGCUAAUUUUAUCAAGCUCGCACAGAGCAGCAAGAAGUUUUAACUGCACGUAGAAGAAAUCUAUGUGAAUUCUCCAGGGUUCAGCAAAUUAAAACAUAAAAACCCAAAACCAAAAGGAUAGUGAUAAGAAAGCCCUGAAACAUGUUCAAAACAAUCACAAGAUACCAGUGAGCAAUAAUAAGAUGAUGUGCUGUGUUAUGGAAGUAUUUAAUAUUCUUUAAAGAAUAAAGCUCCUUUUAAAGUAUAACCUAUUUUUCAAAAAGUAAAAAAAAGAAUCAAGAAACAAUUGAUCAGUUAUUGGGCUGAAUUAUCUGCUUAUUAAAAAAAUAGAAGAAUUGCAUGGACUAUAUUUAAAAAGGCCAGGAUUUGAUGGAACACCAGCUAGAAUCAGCUCCGGUUACCAUUUUGAUGGAUGAGCAUCUGGAAAAGUCCAGAUUUGGCUAACUUGGGAAGUCAAAACAACCUCCACUGCAUCAUCCUUUUGGGUUUCUUUACUCAACAUGGCUGACCUGGGAGAGGAAGCUUCAUCCCAUCUAGCCCUGGGGUUGCUUCAGGCCAAAACUAACUCCUUUUAAUGCCAUUCCCCCCAACUGAUUCAUUGCAUUCAUUCAAUUUUACAUUCAGAAUUAUACAUUUGCAGGACUUAACACUUUCCUUUGAUUUAAUUUAGAUUAACUGCACAUCUAAAAAUAGUAGAUUGUAAAUCUAUUACAAAUCUAUUUAUUACAAAUAUCCAUGGUAAGUAAAUAGAUUCUGGGCACCAUGCAUAAGGAAUAUACCCCAAUAGAUAUUC